AUGAGCUGCACAUCUUCUGCGUCCGUAUAUGUGACAAAUGAAACUCAACCAGUCCAUUCUCUGGUAGAAAAGAAUUUUUGUUUAUUAAGUGCACCUGUUCUUCAACGUUCACGUAAUUUUCAAUGGUACUGGAAUUUAACUAAAGAUCAAGAACAGUGGCAGAAGUACACUGACGUCGAAAACGAAUUCAUUGAAGAUGCCUACAACGAGAAAGUGACGACAGAAGUGGAAAUUGACGGAAACUAUAUUAUAGACUUUGAACAUCUUGUUCAGUACAAGAAAAAAGAUUUGCACAAACAAUUUCGAAUUAAGCGUGUUCAACUAGAUGGAAAUCGCACUAAUGUUCAUUUGCGUCAAGCGAGAUUUGCAACUCCGGUGAUGCUAGCUGCUGCUUGCACGCCUUUGGUCCUUCAAAAAGAUCCUCUACCAAAGCAAUACUGGAAACUUGAAUUGGAGAACAAAAUUAAAACAAUGGCAGAUCUAGUAGAAGAUGCUGCUCUGGGAAUUAUCAAAGAAGGAACAGCAUUGGGUAAAGUACACGAAGCUCGAUGGCUCGCUAAGCAGCUCUUCACAGUCAAACAUUUUGGCAACGAUGUUAGAGCACAAUAUUCUCGUGUUCCGAGAGAAAUCGGUGAAACAUGUGUUUAUCUAUAUACUAAAGAAUCAUUUUGGUAUAAAUCUGUUAAUGAUCUUUUUCGUAAACCAGAAGCUGUGACUAUCGACCAAUUAAAAACAUGUGCUCCCUUCUGCCAUCUGAUGCAUUGGUAUUUAAAGAAAACCUAUACGACAGAUAGUGUUACAACAGUCUAUCGUGGCUUAAACCUUAACGAUGAACAACGGCAGGAAUUUACGAAAGCAAAUAUAAAAUUUACAUCGUUUACUUCGGCUACCAAAACUCGAGGAAACGCGGAACACUCUGUGAAACAAACGAUAAAAUGUUUCAAUUUAUUUGCAUCUCGACCACCAACAAAUGAUCAACAUGAUCAGCAAAAUCAAUUAUUAUCAACACGUUUAUUUAUUAUACUAUUUGCUUGCUCAUUAGUUACUUUAGUUAUUUACACAUUAUCAGUGAAUCGUACACAAACAAUAACAGUUAAAUCACUAACGUUAAACGAAUAUACAAAACUCUUGAAACAAUAUUCGCAAACUUUGAACUGUCCGUGUACACAAAUAACAAUUCCAUAUGGUCAAUUUAUUAAACUAUCACCUAAAUAUCAUCAAAUAUGUUCUAGUCGAUUUAUCAUGGAUCAGUGGUUUCAAUUUAUUAUUGAGAGCCGACCACCAAUCGAUCAAAUUUUGUUAAGUGAUUUUCGUUAUUUAGGUCCAUAUAGUUUUCGAUUAUUAAAUAAAUUUUGUAAAUUAUCAUUAGAAAUAGUUGAGAACGAAUUAAUAACAUUUUAUUCUCAAACUUAUUUAUCAUUACUUGUAACAAUAAAUGAAACAUUUCAAUUUCAAUCACAAUCAUUAAUAAAACAAUUUCAGUCUACCAUAAAAAAUAAAUUUUAUGAAUUAUUACAACUGAUAGUAGAUAGAACAUUAGCAAAGAAAUUAAUUAGUGGGCUAUUAACAAAUGAUGCUAUUGAAAUUUAUUAUGGAGAGGAUGAAUGCUUUUAUUCUAAACAAUGUUUUGAACAGUUACUCUUCUAUAUGAAUGCAACAACCGCAACGAAUAUUACAAUAUUAGACUCCUCUGUCCCAAGUCAAUAUCAAUCCAAUACAACAGUUCAAGACAUUGUGAAUCAAUUUAUGAUUGAACAAUGGAAUCCAUUGGUAUCAUAUGAUUCAUAUUAUCAACAACGUCAUCCUCAACAAUGUCAAUAUACAUAUAGUGAAAAUUUUGAUUAUAUUUAUACAAUAACAACUAUUUUGGUACUUAUUGGUGGAUUAACAACUGUUUUAUCACUUAUAAUGCCUAUUGCAGUUAAUUUAAUAAGAAGAAAAAAGAUGCCACUACCAACAACAGUAAACGUCUUACCGAUACGUCAACGUUUAAUAAAUUUCUAUGAAUUAGUAGAAGAAAAAAUAAGAAAAUUUAAUCUAUUUGAACCUUAUCCACCACAUUUUAAUGAAGAGCUUCGAUAUUAUGAAUUAUUAUCAACACGUUUUUAUAUACUAAUAUUGAUUUUAUCACUAAUUAUUCUUGUUUUAUAUAUAUCAGUUAUUGAUCAUACACAAACAGUUAUAAUCAAAUCACCAACAUCAAAACAAUAUACACUAUUAUAUGAGCAACAUUCAUCAACAUUAUUAUGUAGAUGUAAAAAAUUAUCUAUUUUAUAUUCAAAAUUUUUACAAUUAUUACCGGAACGUCAUGAAAUAUGUACAAGUCAAUAUGUUACCGACAAAUGGAUACAACAUAUUCUUUUAAAUUCAGCAUCAAAAACUGAGCCUAGACGAGUUGUUAAAUCGGCUUAA